AUGAGAUUGCGGAAAAUUGAAUAUCGCCGCAGCCGAAGCCCAGUACGGAAACGAAAUCGGAGAGUAGUGUCGUCUUUGUCUUCAUCGUCUCAGUCGUCGGAGUCCUCUCUGUCAUCUAGAUCAAGGACUCCCCCUGGUUCGAGUAUCAUGGAUCGGUCCGGGAGCCACACUUCAAAUUGCACGGUUUCACCGAUUUGUUUACCUUCGGCUGGUGAGUAACAUUCGAACCUUUUUUUCGUACUUCAGGGUAUCAAGGAAGUAUACCCAUUCUCUAAGCAGGUAUCGAUGAG